AUGAACGACUUAUUCGACAGACGUGUACUAAGGAUUCCAUUUUAUGGAUCUUCGAAAAGGGUAGGUGUUCUGAAAGAUUCCUUAUUUGAGGCUUUGCAGGGCCCUGUUGGCCGUACGGUCUGUCCGACGCUGUCUGUUGCAGCGCGGGAGGGAGGGAGGGAGGUCCCUCAGGCCAAGGUCUCUGGUGUACCGACGCCUGCCUGUGGUUCCGCCACCGGUAACAGCCGGAGUCACGCAGCAGCGGCCGCUACAAUGGGAGAUUUGCGCGCUCCCUCGACAGCUACAGAGAGGGCAGCUGCGACGAUCGCAGCAGCGGCAGAAGCCGCAGCAGCAGAAGAGGCCGCAGCAGCAGAAGAGGCCACAGCAACAGAUGAACUCUCUGCAUUGCUGUCAGAAGAUGCAGUGGAAAGCGAAACUGCGAGGCGGUCGACAGUCGAAGAACCCUGUUACGGAGGUAUCUCUGAGGUUUCAGGGGACCACGCGCCAGCAGCAGGCGUCCUAGGCGACAAGAGGUCUAGGGUCCAACUGCCUGCCUCGCCAUCUUCAUUUAUGAAACCCUCGGUUAUAAUAGCAGGAAAAGCUUCUGAGGGGUACGCCCAAGGAAGCUCUCCUUUAGGAGACCAUGGCGCUUCCUUCGGGAAGGGCCCUUCGCGGUCUUGCCAGUGGCUCCGCUGCCUCCCCGUCCUCUUCCUCAUGCUGCUAGUGCUCUAUAUAAACGUCGUCUAUGUAGCGUACCACUGCCUUCCGCAGUUGCAACUAGGAAGGCCUUCAGAAAAACGGGAUAUCCACAAAUUCAAAAGGUAG